UCCGUCCUCCCAGGUCCUCCCGCCUCGGCUUCCCCGCCCGGGUCCGGUUGCCUACCUCUCCCCUUCCCACGGGGCCAACCACGCCUCUCCUCCCCCGUGACCUCCGGCCUCCCAUUCAUUCCAUCUACGUCUUCCUCUUUUCUCCCUCCCCGCUAGGGCCCUUUCCCCAGACCUUCCCCCGGCGCUCCCCCCCCCCCCCCGCUGCCUUCUCGGGGGUGAUUUUAGAAUACCCAUGGAAGUUUAGGGCCUGGACCGUGGUCCUCGCGAAUCCCACCCGAGAGCGCAGCCUGAGCUGCUGGCUGGUGAGAAGAUGUCUGUGCUCAGGCGGAUGAUGCGGGUUUCCAAUCGCUUCCUCCUCGUCUUCAUCUUCAUCUUCUCGCUCUCCUCCUCCUGUCUCUACUUCAUCUAUGUGGCUCCGGGCAUCGCCAACACAUACCUUUUUAUGGUACAAGCUCGAGGUAUAAUGUUGAGAGAAAAUGUAAAAACAAUAGGAUAUAUGAUCAGGCUGUACACAAAUAAAAAUGCUACCCUCAACGGGACAGAUUAUCCAGAAGGCAAUAAUUCAAGUGACUAUCUUGUUCAGACCACAACUUACCUCCCGGAAAACUUCACGUAUUCACCAUACCUUCCCUGUCCAGAAAAACUGCCUUACAUGCGAGGGUUCCUCAGUGUCAAUGUAAGCGAAGUCAGUUUUGAUGAAGUUCAUCAGCUCUUCUCCAAGGAUUUAGAUAUUGAGCCAGGAGGUCACUGGAGGCCUAAAGACUGUAAACCCAGAUGGAAGGUGGCCAUUCUCAUUCCUUUCCGUAAUCGCCAUGAACACCUGCCAAUCUUCUUUUUGCACCUGAUUCCAAUGCUCCAGAAACAGCGGUUGGAAUUUGCCUUUUAUGUCAUUGAGCAGACUGGCUCACAACCUUUCAAUCGUGCGAUGCUCUUCAAUGUGGGCUUCAAAGAGGCCAUGAAAGACAAUGUCUGGGAUUGUGUGAUCUUCCAUGAUGUGGAUCAUCUACCUGAAAAUGACAGAAACUAUUACGGAUGUGGAGAGAUGCCCCGUCACUUUGCAGCAAAGCUGGAUAAAUACAUGUAUAUCCUUCCUUAUAAAGAGUUUUUUGGUGGUGUAAGUGGACUGACUGUGGAACAGUUUAGAAAGAUCAAUGGCUUUCCUAAUGCUUUCUGGGGAUGGGGAGGAGAAGAUGACGACCUUUGGAACAGAGUUCAUUACUCUGGAUAUAAUGUCACUAGACCAGAAGGGGACUUAGGAAAAUACAAGUCCAUUCCUCAUCACCAUCGAGGAGAAGUCCAGUUUUUAGGACGGUAUAAAUUACUAAGGUACUCUAAAGAGCGUCAGUACAUCGAUGGGUUGAACAAUUUAUUAUAUACACCCAAAAUACUGAUUGAUAGGUUGUAUAAAAAUAUAUCUGUAAACCUCACACCUGAGUUAGCUCCAAUCAAGGACUAUUAAAGAAUAAAUAAAGUAGCUCUCAUGGCACGAUACACCACAGUGCUGGAUCAUGUACUUGGAGUGUACUCUCCGCGGAGGUCAGUGCCUGGCCCAUGAGAAGAGCCAGCAGUCCUCGGGCUUUACCGUGUGGCACUGGGUACCGUCCCCCUCUUCCACCUGCCCUGUCUACGUUGAGGCACACUCCAUGACACGGCAAACACUGCAGAACUGGAAGCCAGUGCUGAAGAUUGGAAGUUCAGAGAGCUCCUUAUACGAAAAGAAAAUUUUAUACUCGAAUCUCUAAUUUAAUUCCAGAGAAUGCUUUUAUUUCCAUUUAAACAUAUUUUGUACAUAUGUGAUAUAAAUUAAUGUGUUUAAAUUGUUGAAAAAAUAAGCUGUGUUGCAGUUUUGCAUGUAAUUGGUUAUGCCUCCGUUGGACUUUUAUAAUACAUUUUUUUAUUUGCAUGGGAAUAAGAAUUACUGUAAACUUAUGUCACUAAACAAAGGUUAACCCUUGUGUAAAAAUGAAGGAACUGUCAGUAAUUGACAGUGAACACAGUAAACUAUUAUACUAGUUUUCAGCUUUAGACCUCCAGCCUCUUGCGUGGAAGAUAUCACAGCUUUUUGACGGCUUUAAAAGGAAAGAAAAAAGACUCAAGCAGCUUUUCUUCCUGCCAAGAUUACCUAUGUUUUUUCCUUGCUUGCAAUCUUACCAGAUUUAGCUGAAUCACAACCAUGUUGUUUAUGCAUAUUGCAUGGUAUUACCAAGAAAAUCUUAAGUGUUGUGAUGUGACAUGAUAUAAAGGACCUCUUUAUGUUAAUGUCUGUUAUGUACCUCUGGUGUGUCAGGGAUUCUGUGCCUCAAAAACGCUCCCACGCUUGUGUGUUUAUACACUGUAUUUUUUUUUAAUUUCAUAGUGAACAGCACUUUUAUUAUUUCCAGGUCAGAAGAGCCAAAACAAAAUAGCUUCAUUUUUUAAUUAACUUUUUUUUUUAAAGAAGGAGCUAUAGAGAGCCUAAGUAAUACUUAUACAGAUGAAUUAUACUAUUAGAUAAGACAUUAAAUGUUCUAUUUUUAUGAAGAUAAAUGCCUCAUAGAUUAAAAACGAAUUUUAACUUAAUUCUCAGACUUGCACAGUUUCACCUUUAAAAAUGACCCUUAUAAUAUCAGCUGGUUUCAUACAAACUAUAUUUUUUUUCACUUGCAAUAUAAUGUCAUAGAAUUAUUGUGUGUGUGUGUGUGUGUGUGUGUGUGUGUGUGUGUGUUGUGCUGGAGACUUAACCCAGGCCCUCUAUAGUUACCUUACCAAUACAUUAUCAAUUAUCUAGAUGCACUGAUAAUGGGAUACUUGUGAAAGCAGGUCUUACUACCUAAUAAGAUUUACCUUAAGAUUGAACAGAGCUUUCCAUUGAAAACUCAAACAGUAUUCUUACUUUGAAAAUGACCACUUGUAAGGAUUUUUAAAAGAAUAUCUUACAAUAUUUUCACAAACUUAAAAUCUUAUAUAUUCUAUAAAAUAAAUCUUUAACAACAAUGGAGAAUGAUAGACGCCUUCAUCUGAGAAAUGUUUGAAUAAAAUUUGCCGGUGGGUGUUCACCUAAAAUGGAAAUACAGCUAUGUAUCUCAGGUUGUAAAUUUAAUUUUCCAAGGCCAUUUUCUAUGCCAAUUUUAGUAACACAAAUGACCAUAAAUGAAACCAUAAAAUAACUGAAAAUCAUAUACUUGAAGGAAAUGGAUAGUUUCUCUGUUAAUAUACCUUUCCAUAUUUGUUUCUUAGAAAUAUUUCCAAAAUACUUCUCUGUCAUUUUAUUUGUGGCUUUUACUCAAAGUAGUAAGAAAAAAAAUCAAGCCUUCCAAAAAGUACAAAUAUUUGUACUCAACUAUGUUGUCCAUUCCUUUUCUGUCUCUAUAGCUAAUGAAGUUUUUUCAGUUUGGUGAAAUGUAAGAAAAUAAAAUGACCGUGUUAACAUCGUUGUUUACAAUUAACAAGGUAGCAGGGCAUAGGGACAUAAUUAACCUAACAAUGCUUAAGCAUUUAGUGGUAGGGAAAAUUAGUGCUGUUUCUGAUUCUUACUCGGAAAACACGAUUUUUUUUUCUCAUUUUAAUGUAGGGCUGUCUACUUUUCGAUGUCUUUUUGUUUUGACAUACAUUUCAUACUUUCAAGGGAAUUCAGUAUCUGCCUUAUUUUGGGAGUUUAGUCUGACAUUUUUUUAGGUGUUAUAUGCAGAUAUUUUGCGUUUUACAGUUUUGAAUAUGGUGUGCCAUUCUGUAAAAACUACCUUUAUAAAUUUGUGUUUUUUAAGUGCAAAUCUAAAAUUAUUUUGUCUAUGAACACUGACCUUUAUGUUUCCAUGAAGUGAAAGCUUACCUUCAUGAUGUGACAAUAAAUCUGUUUCCUAAAGAUGAAUGAGUACAUUGCAAAAGUAAUCAGUCUUCUGUUUAGUGUUGGGUCAUUUUAUUAAUGAACCAUGUAUUAAUUGUCCACCCUGUAUUAGGUCCAAUGCUAAAUGUGACUAUUUAGAAGUAUUAUUUUAUUUUAAAUAAGUCAAGCAAGUUGAAAUUUUGAAAUUAUGAAGACAUUCCCUGAUUAUUAUAUUUUUUUCAGUCUGAAAGUCACAAAACCUACAUGUACAUAGAAAUAUUAGAAGAUCACUGUGGCACUCAGAAAAUUAUAUAGUGCCUUUCACUAGAGAAAGAGGUCAGGAUUUACAGCCCUGUUUGCAGAAAAGAGAGGCAAGAAGGGCAAACAUUUGCUAAAAUUGUAUCUGAUUCACUGAGAGAUUUCCUUUAAUUCUUUGCCCAAACUAGGAUUUGAAUGAACAUUUUUAAAACUUUAAUUCCAUUUUUUGUUUGUAUCUUCUGAGAAGGUAUUCACUAAGAAUCCUUUUUUUUUAUAUUGUACAAAUUCAUAGCUAUGUAUUAAAAACUUACAAUCCCAACCAAAAUACUGAUCCAAAGUAAAGUGGAAAAAUAGCCUAUAUCGAUAUUUUUUAGGAGGGUCUCUAUGAAUGAAAAGCAGAUAUUGUGGGGUUUUUUUUUUGACCUUUGCUUUCCUCUGUUGUACUCCCUUACAUACUUUACAGAUAAACAGCACUCUAGAUUCAUUGCCUUGGGUUUGUAAGUAUGCCAAUUGAGAGAAACAAAAGAUCAUAAUGUUGCCAGAAAGAGGAAGUGUACUUAAGUUUAUUUUCUUUAUCCAGAUAAGAAAGGCUUCUACAUAAAUGCACUAAAAUAAAUGCUAGUCAUCUCUUGUAUUCUCAUUUUUGUUUUUGUUUUUUUCUGCUUCUCAUGGAAAUGUUUGUACUUUUUUAUCAUUGUCUUUUAUGAAAUACAAUGUUCUAAAGA